AAAAGACUGAGUUUAUUUUAGGCUAUGCCAAGUUUAAAUGCAUGGUAAAGUACAAGAUGGCCGGCAAGGAACAGGUCAAGGAGUGAGGCUGAAGGUGAGGUCAGGAUAAAGACCUGGAGUAGGCAGACCCUGCCAGGGGACAGCUCCCCCAGACAGACUCGGAGAAGCCCACACAGGGAACUGCCCGGGCACAGGGCUGCAGCUCAUCACCAGCCUUGCGGGUUCUUCGCUUCCCUUGGCACCCAGGUCCCAGAGAGGGACCUAGGCAGAGCGAAAGGGAUGGUGAAAAAGGUUUCUUCCGGUCCAGGACCAGGACGUCUCUUGGGACCUCCAACUUCAGUCUCAGGAAGUCUCACAAAAAUUCUUCAAGCUUCACAUCUGUGCACCCGGGGUGUCUGAACAAGAACUGCUGUCACACUGAGACCAACAAGAGGAUCUUUACCAGGAUGACAAUCUGAGGUAACCGCCUGAGGAGCGCCUCUGCAUCACAGACGAGGCCGGAAGCUAAACGCCCACUUCCGCCCCCAACCGGAAGUGUUCAGCGACUGGCGGAGAAUUGACUUCUGGGUCUCUGAGGGGUAAUUCCGGGUCGCCAUGGCGGCCUCCUUGACUGGGAAGAAGAUGGUGUUUGUCACAGGAAACGCCAAGAAGCUGGAGGAGGUCAUUCAGAUUCUAGGAGAUAAGUUUCCAUGCACAUUGGUGGCACAGAAAAUUGACCUGCCGGAGUACCAGGGUGAACCAGAUGAGAUUUCCAUACAGAAGUGUCGGGAGGCUGCGCGCCAGGUGCAGGGGCCCGUCCUGGUGGAGGAUACCUGUCUGUGCUUCAAUGCCCUCGGCGGCCUUCCUGGUCCCUACAUAAAAUGGUUUCUGGAGAAGCUAAAGCCUGAAGGGCUGCACCAGCUCCUGGCCGGCUUCGAGGAUAAGUCAGCUUAUGCUCUCUGCACGUUCGCGCUCAGCACUGGGGACCCCAGCGAGCCUGUGCGCCUAUUCAGGGGCCGUACCUCGGGCCAGAUUGUAGCUCCCCGAGGCUGCCGGGACUUUGGCUGGGACCCCUGCUUUCAGCCUGAUGGAUAUGAGCAGACGUAUGCUGAGAUGCCCAAGGCGGAGAAGAAUGCCAUCUCCCAUCGCUUCCGAGCCCUCCUGGAGCUGCAGCAGUACUUCCACAGCCUGACUCCUGGGGCUGGAGGAGGUGCUUCAGGCCGGGGGUCUGGGGAGAGCUAGCUGGGAACUCCCUCCCGGUCAGGCAUUCAGUGGGGGUGUGGAACCAGCUUUGCUUUGGGCUGGAAGAGCUGAGGCUCAGUUCACAGACAUUCUGGGUAGGCUGACACCAGUCUUGUCCUCAGGAAUUCAGAGAUAACUCCUAUAGCCUCCAGGUCAGGACCGAGUGAUAAAACCAAUCUUGGCAAACAAACAAAAGAAAAAGUCUUGGCAGGAUUGAAGGUUUGGGGAAGAACUGGGUAAAAACAGCCUUGAUGUUUUUAAAAUGCAGCAAAUAAAAAUUCCGGAAGGAACUUGUUUCCAAAAUAAACUGGAUGUAUUUGCUUUGAA